GACAAAACCCGCUGUUCUGCCUCGAAGUAGUGAUGCAGAGAAUUGCGAAAACCCCACUCUGCUGACCUCCUAGGGAGCACAUUGUCGUCCUCACCUCUCCUCCCCAACAUCUGUGAACCAAGCGUGCAGCGCUCCUCCAAAAUGGACCCCUUGACGCUGGCCACGACCGUUGUGGGCCUCUUUGGCACCUGCAUGACUCUCCUCGACAAGUACGCCGCCUUCAAGGACGCGGGCACUAGUUCUAGCUCCGUCCACAGCGCUUUCAACAUCAACAAGCUGCUUCUCGAGCGCUGGGGGAAGUCUGUCGGCAUCAAAGGGGACGCCCUGCUGCCCAGUCAUCACGACUUGCUAGACGACCCCGCCGUCCUCCGUCAAGUCAGUCAGAUCCUGACCGACGUCGAGGAUUUGUGCACCAAGCUCGACAAAUCCCUCGAGUCCACUUCACGGAAUCGGGACGAACCGAAGCCGCUCCGCAGGGUCCCCACUAGCAGUCUCGCUGCGGGAACUUCUCGCGCCAAGUCUCACCCGGAAAAAGAUGGCCCAUCGGUGCUGGCAAAGCUUGACUGGGUCGGCCGGGGCCAUGCUAAAUCCAAGGCCCACCUUGACGAGCUCCGUGACAAGCUCGGCGACCUUUUCAAGCUAGUCCCCUUGCCUGAUGCACAACUCGAGAAGUAUUUGCUGGAGUUGCAUGCUCAGAUCGAAGCCGAGACUAGGAAAGAGGUGAAGAAAUGGCUUGCGGCGCCGUGGGACACCGAAGUCUACGACCGCUCUUGCAGGAGCAGGCUUCCCAGCACCUGCAAAUGGAUCUUCGAACGUAACUUCUUUCUCGACUGGAUAUCUCCAGACUUCCCCGAUGCAAAACCCAAGAUCCUCUGGGUUAACGGCCCGGCAGGCUACGGCAAAACGAUUCUCUGCGCAAAGGUGGCACAGCAUGUUUCCAGCCACUCUGCCCCAGACCACCACGUUGCCCACUGCUUUGUGUCCGCAGAGUCGGGCGCAGACUGUGCACCUUUUACCAUCAUCCGGUCCUGGCUACUGCAGCUGGUCUCCCAGAGUUCUGCGGCCCUCAACGUUGCUCACGAGCUCUGGGACCCGAAUACACCCCCCAGCGCUAGCCAGGAAGAUGUUGUGCGAGUCCUGAACAGCGUGCUGCGUGGAUUUGGUGGGUGCACGCUCGUUGCUGACGGUCUCGACGAAUGCGCGUGGGCUCAGGAUUCCCGUGCGGGCGACCAAGAUAGGAAUUCGGCCAUGGGCUUUUUUCGCUCUCUGGCCGAAAUCGUUAGUCAAACGAAAACUCGGGUCCUGCUUUUCAGCCGUAGGGAAGAAGAUCGGAUCAAACCUGCGUUUAGUGCUCAACUGUCGUCCAACCAGCUCAUCUCAACUGCCGAACAUUCCAUCGUCCCCGACGACGUUCGUCUGGAUGCGAAGGUCUUUUCCCAAGACAUUGCACGCAAAAAGCUGGCUAAAAGGAGUGAGGAGCAGCAAGCUGAACUGGCCGACAAAAUGCUCGCCAAAUCGGACGGCAUGUUUCUUUGGAUGAAAAUGCUGGAAGGCGAUCUUGCAAAAGCGAACAACACGAAGAAGGUCUUUCGGGCGGUGGAGCAAGCCCCGAUCGGCAUUCAGGACCUUUACGUACGAAAUUGGGACAGGAUAGCCAACAACCCCGACAGCGACGCCAAAGCCAGGGCUUUCACGAUCCUGCGAUGGGCCGCGUUCGGUGCACGCCCACUCACAGUCCUCGAACUCGUGGAGGCCUUGACCAUCCCCCAAGACGCCGACGCCGACGAUCUUGACGACGAAGAGUUGCCAGACGAGAUGAGCGACAUUGACGAGGACUACGUACAGACAAAUAUCGUGGACCUAUGUGGCUCGUUGGUUGAGGUCCGACGACAGAAGCAGGGGGGGAUCGCAUCCACUACCGACUCUUCCACCGACCAUAACUCUGCAGCCAAAGACGACAUUGGCUCCGAUGAGCACCCAGAGCAUGGGAAGAUCCCGCCAGCUGCCUGCGACACCAUCAACAUCGUCCACUUUUCCGUUCGGGAAUUCCUGAUUGGCCGACUGCCCUUUGACGCAGGGCUCCGCCCGGUUGACGAGACGUUGUCGAACGGCGGCAUGGUGCACACUCGUCACCUUACCAUGCUCUGCCUACGCUAUCUAGGCGUCCGCCGUGUGUGGGUGGGAGGCCUCACGCUUGGUGACGAAGCCCACGAACGCAGAUUCCUCCCCGUCGCCCUUGGUGCAUUUAAAGCGCUAUCUCGUCAGACAGAUGACAUUUCUGUCACGCCAACCCUCGCCCGCAUGGUUUGCAAGCUUAUAGACCCUCGUGGCAAAAUCUGGAGCUCGCUUGAACAACACAUCAAAUCGUGGGCGUGGCACGUCGCAACCCAGGAGCAGGGUUGCCGUGUGCUUUUCCUCGCCUGCUGGUUUGGCGUCGAGCCAACGAGAUAUAUCCUGUCUGAAGUCAAAAUUCCCGCCACUGCCUCGGACAGCGCCGGCAAUACCGCGUUGCACCGGAUGCCCUAUUGGAAGAGCCAAGCGGAGACCGUGGUAAAGCUCCUAGUCGAAUACGGAGCAGAUAUAAAUGCUUUAAACGACGGGGGCGUGUCCGGGCUAAGUAUGGCUACGAAGCAAGGUCAGCUUGCGGGGGCAAAGGCUCUUUUGGAACACGGAGCCAAGCAGACCCCCGACUCCAGCGGAGUAGCCCCUCUGCACCUCGCUGCUAAAAGGCGCCAUAUGGGCUUGGUACAGCUUUUCUUGACCUACGGAGCCGAUGUUAAUGCGAGGAGCAUAUCAUUGCAGACGCCACUUCAUUCGGCGUGUUCCAAGGGCUCCGAAAAGGUUGCUGCACUUCUCCUGGAUCGGGGAGCUGAGGCUGGGGCGAAAGACGAGGCUGGAGAAACCCCAUUAUCCUACACAAUCGCGGCUGGCAGCAAGAUCUGGAAACGCCUCUUUGACGAAACGAGUGAGGGACGAUACUUUGAUAUCAACGCCACCUACAAAUUCGGCUGCACGCUGCUCCAUCUCGUCGCGGAUUGCAAAGGGGCCUCCGCCACCGCCGUGGCGGGGGCUACAGGGGUAUUCUUGGAUCGCGGUGCUGAUAUUGAAGCUCAGAAUGAGAGCGGCGAAACGCCGCUUCAUGUCGCGACCCGAUCCGCAAACGAAGACUGCUUGAUGGUAUUGCUCUCUCGAGGGGCGGAUACCGAGACCAAAAGCGGUAGACAUGCCUUGACCCCGCUCCAGAUCGCGGUUCUCAACGACCAGGCUGCCAUUGCGAAGCUGUUGUUAGGCCGCGGCGCCGACACCGAGAACCGGGAUGACGAUGGCAUGACUCCGAUGCACAACGCGACACAAUACGGCGCGCUUGACUGUAUAAAGAUCCUCGAAGCUCAUGGGGCCGAUCUUGCGUGCAAAGAAGACAAUAAGGAUGGCUGGACUGCUCUUCACAGGGCAACUUACUUCGGGCACCUGGAAUGCAUGGGGCACUUCCUUGAUCGUGGCAUGGACCCUAACUGCAAAGAUAACCGUGACCAGUCGCCAAUACACUGGGCUUGCCGGCAUGGGUAUAUAAACUGCCUCGAGCUUUUACUCAGUUAUGACGCGGAUCCUGACGCCCGCGACAAACGAAACUGGUCGCCGACUCAUGUGGCUGCCACGUACGGGAGCACGAACUGCAUUAACCUUUUGCUCGAUCGAGGAGUCGAUAUCUGCGCUACAACUGCUGAUGGAUGGGCGCCGAUCCAUCUCGCAUCUUGGGACGGGACUACGGGGUGCCUUGAGGCUUUGCUCGAUCGAGGAGCCGAUGUCGAUCUCCGCGUCGCAGGCGCCGAUGGAUCCACCGCGAUUCAACUCGCUGCGCUCAACGGGCAUUUGGACUGUGUAGAGCUAUUGCUAGCAAGGGGUGCAGCCAGGGACGUCCUGAAUUGUGACGGCUGGUCUUUGGCCUACUACGCGGCUUUGUGCAAACAACCCGAGUGUUUGCAGUUUUUGCUGCAAAACGGCGUGGAUUUCAGGUCUGGAACAAGCGGAGGAUGGACUCCUCUGCAUCGCGCCGCUGAGGCCAGUGCAAAAGCUGGAUUUUUUGACUGCGUCAAGUCUUUACUUGAAGCCGGAGUCGAUCCAAGGGUGACUACCAAAAUCAGCCACUGGACGCCUGCCCAUCUAGCCGCGCUCAGCACAGCAAACCCCGACUGCUUGGAGCUCCUGCUCAAGGCGGCUCCGGACUCGGAUCGCCCUGACGCGUUUGGGCGGGCCAUUCUUCAUUGGGCCGCCCGAUCAGCAAGCCAGGAAACAUUGAGUGUGGCUCUGGCGCAUGGGAGUACGGAUGCUCUCAGCCGAGACAGAUAUGGGCUCUCGAGUCUUUCGCUAGCGGUUGCUGGCGGCCAUGAAAGUCUCGUUGCGAGGCUUUUGGCCACAAUCGAAGGGCAAUUCGACUUUGAGGACAAUCUUGGCCGAUCCCUUCUCUGGUGGGCUCGACGGAGCGGCUCUGCAGGGCUCGAGAAGCUACUGAAACAAGAGGCGGAGGCGCGAGGCGCGAGAAUCAUCGAGCCAGCCGCACCUUUCGAUCAGACGAAUGUCAAUCUCCGCCCAGGGUCACCAGUACUAGGUUUCUUUUGCGACGUCUGCCUUUUAAAUCUAAAACAUCGCACGUACUACAGAUGCUACGUUUGCGAUAAUGGAGAUUUCGACAUGUGCCAGGAGUGUUUCGAUUUGCGGGCGGUUUGCGAGCCAUAUCAUGUGUUGGCAAGAUUCCUCGCCGAUGAGGAAUCUUUAGAUGGGGAAGAUGAGGGGGAGGAGGAAGAAGAAGAAGAGGGCAAGGAUGAGGGGGACGACAAAAAUGAAGGGGGGGACGAGGAGGAGUGGUCAUCGGAGGAGGAGUGAAUGCGGGACGAACUUGGCGAGAGUACAUUGGCAAAUUGACGUCAUUUCUUCACCUUUUUUCUUUUCCUUUCUUCCCAAGCGAUCAAUCCCUUUGAAAAUACCUGGAUGCACGGAGUUUGGUGUUGGAAAAUGGCAUUGCAAAUUUCUACCUUGGUUAGAUCCCGCUGCUUGUUCUCUUGGACCAAGCUUCAUUUCCCAGCCAAUAUUGCCUCCAGGGUCCCCAAAGCGAG